AUGCUGGCAAAGGCAAAAGAACCUAGUAGUCGGACACAGAGCAUUGCUUCACGAUUACUGGUGGAUGAUUCAUAUGAUAACGUGGAUAUUGAGAAACUAUAUGAAGCAGUGGUAAAAUGUUUAAUCAUAGAGUAUAGAAACGAAGCGAGAUUCCGGACCCCAAUUAUACAAGAGCAUAAUAAUCAAACAAAUUCAGGUGUGGCUUCAUCUAAGUAUCAUAGGAACUCUAGAAUUGAGGAUGGAACAAGUGAUCCUAAAUUACCUACAUAUUUGAUUCCAAGGCUAGAAUCUCAUCUCAACUUGAUAGCAAUGAAAAAGAAAGGUAAUGAUAUUGAUGAUAUAACAAGAAGGUCGUUAUUGCGACUCUACAGUGAAAUGCUUGCUCCUGAGUUUAAAAUCGAAGUACAACGCGUAAAGAAGCCGGAAUAUCUUGUAAUGAAAUUUGUCUCUUGUGCCAAUAAAGAAAUAGUUAAGAUUGGGACAGUACCAAGCAAUCAAAUAAGUAAUGUUGUGUUCAAGCAGGCAGGUACAUUUGUGCAAAUCUUAAUAAGUCUUAUUAAGAAAGAUAAAGAUAGCGACUUAAUAAUAGCGAAACUCAACGAGCAUAAGGAGUCGUUAAAGCCAUCAGUGAAGUCACCCGAAGGAAAUUCAGGGUCAUAUGCCUCACAUGGUGGUUCUCAAUCUCCGGUGAAGUUUCAGCAGCCCAGUUUCAGAGUUACAGAUAUGGAUCAGGCAAUGGUUAGCUUAAUACAAGAUAUAUUUGCUAUAGAUCAAGUGAAAUUACAGAGAGACAUUUUUGCAUUCAAAGAACUAUCCCAAGAGAAGGCUUUGCAUAAAGACAUUGAACAGACACAAUUCUAUUUAAACAAGGACUUAGGUCAAUUUACUCCCAAAUCUUUCGGUACCACUGAGGCAUAUGAACAGUGGAAACUCAGAGAGGAAUCUAUGUGUCAGCAGCUAAUUAACAAAUAUAAGGUGCCUGCUAGUCAAAAAUUGCUACCUCUACCGCCAUUGCCCAUUGGUUAUGAGUUCUACAUCCUCCCAAGAAAUUCCCAGAUAAACCAAUUCUAUGUCAAGUUGAUUCAAUUUUGCUUAGGCCGAGAGGUGAAAGAUAAUACAUCACCAGAUGGGAAAUUAGUUGAUCAACUUUUACUCUCAAAACAAUCCUCUUCUCUUUUGGCAAUUUGUGCUAAGUUCUGGAGAAUUGACGUUCCCACUAGAGUUACUUCCAUGUUCACUGCUGGCCACCUUUGCGGAAUCUUGAAAGAUAAACUAGGAUCCAGUGAAGAUUUAAAAGAACUUGGACCCAUCGAUAUAAAUAACUCUUCUACUUUGUUUAAUUCAUGCAAAAAAGUAAUUGAAGAGAGCGGAUUAUCAUGGAAUGACCGGUCUUAUUGGUCCUUGAAGGAUCAAGGCUUAUGGAUGAAAAGCUUAAGCUAUUCUUAUCAAGAAGUUUUAAUGUCGAUAAGGGAAUCCUUGACUUUGAUUUUCAAUAAGUCAGUGAGACCGAAGUUCUCACCUCUCUUAAACUUCUUAGGAGAUUAUAUCGAAUCAGAUCCACUAUUCGAGAGUGUUGCUGCCUCUGGUAUUGCGAGAAAAUGGGAAAAAAGGCUCUCCAAGACCUUAUUAAGAGUUUCCGAAACUAGAUAUGCUGAACUGUUGAGUAGUUUGCCCAGAGAUGACACAUUAAGCAUUUUACAUAUCUUGGAUAUUUCUGAUAACAUAGUGAGCGACAUCAGAAUGAUUCAAAAAAGAUACAAAAACCCAUUGUUGGGGGUAUUGGAUGUCCCAAGGACCUCGGGGGCUGUCAUGUGUGCUAUGUUUGGUGCCGACGCAAAGAAUAUCUUGAAACAUAUAGAUCUUUACGCUAAAAAAAAAGGUCAAGUUUUACCGUUCGGUGAUGCCUUAGAAGCAUACAAAUCAUUAAGCCAAAUACGUUAUAUCUACCACCAAGUGUCUUCCCGAGGAUCUAUUUUCAAAUUUGAUCUAGAAGCGUUCUUCUUUCCUUUUGUACAAGCCUGGGUUAACGAAAGUGGAGAAAAAAUAAGCGCAAUUGUUAAAGAAGCUCUUAAGAAAGAUAAUUAUGAAGCCAUAGAUCUUGAGAGCGAUGAUAAGAAGUAUAGCUCAUCAGUACUAGAUAUAUUCACUCUCAUUAAAGAAUUUUUGAAAAUUUUGAAUAAUUUGAAUUGGCCGGACGAGUAUCAAUUGGCAAGAAUGUACACGUCAUUGCUCAAGAGUAUAUCUGACGGAGCUUUAUUUUAUGCCAAUUCUGUGACAAGUAAAAUAAUUAAUGAGCUUGAUGAAGAAGAGCAGAAGAAGUUAAUACAGGAAGAAGAUAAAGAGUCCGAAAGCCGGAAGACUGGAAAUUGGUUUGACGAUGUAAAAAACGCAGUAUCAAAUAUGCAAGGAUCUGCUAAGAUAGAUUUAGAAGAACCCUAUAAUUUUAAGCCAGAAACAUGCGUAGCGUUGAACAACUUAUCUGCGAUGAUGCAAAAUUUGGAUCGUCUAGAAGAAGUAUUGGACCCCGAUACAAUAUCACAUACAGUAGACGCUUUCAAUCCAGAGAGUCAGCGGAAAUAUUUGAGCCAUAUCUUUUCAUUGAGGUUAAUUAGGGCCGAGAACUUGAAAUCUACAGGAAUGACAUCAAGCUCAAGAAUGCGACCGUACGUAACUCUUGUGGAUACAAAAGCUCGGAAGACGAUUGGUAAAACGAGAGCAUCGAAUAGCACAAGCGAUCCAGAAUGGGACGAAGAGUUUGAAAUAACUUUGCCUGCGAAUUCUUCUUUGACUGUUUCCGUUACUGUUUGGGAUGAAAAAAUAGGAACACAUUCUCUAUGUGGGAGAUCACUCCUUCAACUUGAUCCGAAAAACUAUAAACAUGAUGGUAUUCCCAAUGAGUUCUAUUUGGAUUUAGAUUCUCAAGGGAGAGUGUUAGUUGAGAUAGCGGUAGAAAGUGAAAGAGUGGAUGCUAUUUUUGUUAUGGGUAGAGCACACAGGGCAUUAAAGAGGUCACAGGAUAGAUGUAUCAAGCUAAUCGUAGAAAAAUUCUCAAGAUUUAUUCAUUAUUGUUUUUCUAGAACAAACCUUAGGUCUAUUUGUGGAAAUAAUGGUAUGGUGAGGCCAUCGCAAGACCAAAUGGAUGAUGCUAUGAUGCCUCUAUAUGACUAUUUGAACAUGAAUUUACAAGUGCUAGCCCAAUAUUUAUCUAAAGAAUUACUACUUAAAGUGAUGCUAGCUUCUUGGUCAGUUAUAACAGCCAGUGCAGAUGAAUUGCUUUUACCAAAGCUUUCAAAUGCAAAGGCUUUUCAUUUAACUUCUGGAGGGUCUGGUAGUAAAGGAAGCACUGGGUGGCAGAGUGCAGUCUCUUCUGCUAUGGCGAAUGUGAAGAAUACUAAUCGUAUUUUUGGAUUUGGAAAGCUGUUGACGAAUAUAGAAUUAGAGACUGUUUUUUCUUGGUUGAACUUUUUGUGUUUCGACUUCUUUCACAAUGAUGGUAAUGGACCUCCUCUUGAAGAUCUUAAAAACGAACAAUAUCAAGCUUUAUUGUUGAUCCCUGUCUAUUACGACCAUGACGUGGACUAUUUGACCCUGGAAGUGGAGAGACUUUCUCCGGCAUUUAUUAAAUCGUUGCGGGAUAGGGGCAACUUCGACGAAGAGUCUAGUGGUAACAAUGAGGCAAAAUUAUCAAAAACAAAUAGCUUAGUUCGUAAUAAAACUAUAUCAGCUAAUGCCACCGCUAAAUCUAGGGCGCAGGCAGCACAGGAAGUCAAGGAAGCGAGGGACGAUCCAUCCAUAGCACAGGUGUUAACUGAAGAUAUCAUUUUAAGGUUACUCUUGAUUAAGGAUCAAAGGUCUUAUGUUGCAAGGAGAUUGGAUCAGAGAGAGAAGUUAGCAAGAAGUAUUGCAACAGAAAGACUUGCAAGGGCUGCUACUGAAGGUAGAUUUACUGGCUUGUGA